AUGUCCAUCCCAAUCCACACAAUCACCACCUUCCGCACAACCUUCAACCCCUUCGCCCACUCCUCCCGACCCUGCCGUCUCCUCCUCUCUCUGCUCCGCACCCCCGCCACAGCCUCCCCGGCCAGUCCCACUCACAUCGACAUCAAGGUCACGCAGCUGCCGCGCAACUCGACACAGCAGCCCGUGAUGACGGUCGGUUUCAAGGGUGGUAAGGAGGUUACCCUGGAGGUUGGCAAGCGAGGGAUGAAGAUUGGGGAUGUGGUUGAGGAGAUUUCGCGGGUUGGGCGGGCUUUGGAGCGGGAGGCUAGUUUGAAGGGUUGA